GGAAAAGCUACCGCUGUGUGUCAAACGGAAAUGGAAUUUAAAGAGUGCCUCAAUUUGCCCCGGAGCAGAAAAUUUUACAGCACCAUGGAUCAGGUGGUAUGUCAGCUGAUCUGAACAGGAAGAGAUCCAAGUUCAGUGAGCGGUGGCAGUCAUAGCGUUAUUUCUCAAUAAGUAUUAUAGUUCUCACCCCAAGACACAUCAUACUAUUUGAGAAAAUAGUACUACUCAAUAGCAAAUCCAUUCAUAAUGUUUGCCCCUGACGACGAGGAUGGAGAUUUUCUGUCACCUACUGGAGGGUGAUGCAAAGCUGGCAUCACUUUUUGGACUGGACCAAGCAGCAAGUCAGGGGAAUGAAUCUUUUCAAUAUACAGCCCCUAAACAGCCCAGGAAGACCUCAAAUCCAGGUCCUCCUGCCCAGAAACCUGCGUUCCCUCCGGGUGCUCCUGCAGUACUAUUGGCUACAGCUAUCCAUGCUUUCAAAUAUCUUAACGGGCAGUAUCAGAAACAAGGAAAGCUGGGAGCUGCAGUCCUGGGUAACCAAACAACAAAAGAGUACAAACUCUUGCUUUACAUCAGUCAGCAGAAACAAGUGACUGCGGCCAAGAUUCAUGUUGGCUUCAUCUUUACGGUUCAGCCCAACAACUACUGCACUUUUUAUGAUGACCAGCGCCAGAACUGGUCCCUGAUGUUUGACACAGAGAAGGCUGCUGUAGACUUUUGUAAAGAGGUGUGUUUGGCAAAAGUAAACAGCGCCCCCUCCUUAGAUAUGGUGGUGGUGCAGGACCUGACACUAGGGGAGGGGCAGGGAGUUGAGACUGGAGACUCCCUGGAGAUGACAUACACAGGGUGGCUCCUACAGAACCAUGCCAUCGGACAGGUGUUUGACUCCAACCUGAACAAAGACAAGCUGCUCCGACUGAAACUUGGCGCUGGAAAAGUGAUUAAGGGCUGGGAGGAGGGCAUGGUGGGUAUGAGGAAGUCAGGCCGCCGUCUCAUGGUGAUCCCCCCCAGUCUGGGCUAUGGCUCCCAAGGAGUAGCCAACCGCAUCCCAGCAGACAGCACACUCAUCUUUGAGGCAGAGCUACGACGGGUGAAGUUGGCGAAAGACAGUGGGUCUGACCGUGCCAGUGCUGGGUCUCGGGACUCUGCUGCCUCUUCACCUGUCCCCUGUGUGGAGAACCUGGGUCCCUACCUCCCGGCAGGUCCCACUCUGCUCCGUGCUACAAGCCCCGGGAGACCAGGGGAACCACCACUUCGGGCAAAGUCGAAUUCCAUCAGUGAACAGUUGACAAAUCCAGACGCCACCAAAGCCAAGCUGAUAUCUCGCAUGGCCAAGAUGGGUCAGCCCAUGUUGCCCUUCAUGGCAGGGCCCUCCUCCCAGCCAGACUCCAGCGACUCAGAAAUGGAGGACCCCAGAGUGAAGGAGCGUCUUGCUGCUCCUUCUCCUGUACAGAUCUCCACUGCCCCCCAAGCUCCAGUGCAAGUGCUUUCUCACCCUCACGGGGCAUCGCCCUCUGCCUUGAUGCCUGUUGCUAUGACAGCUGCUGCUCCGCAGCCUGUGAUGUCAGGCUCCGCCCAUGCCUUUCAGCCUUACGCCUACCCACAGUCCUCUAUGUCUCCGUCUCAACUUCAACCAAUGGGCCAGAUGUACCCCACCCAGGCAGUACCAUACAUGGGAGGCACUGGCGAGGUCACUUCCUUCCUUAUGGCUGAAGCUCGGCAGCAUAACUCUGAGAUCCGAUUGGCUGUUGGCAAAGUGGCAGAUAAAGUGGACCAGUUGGCUUCAAAGGUUGAUGACCUUCAGAGGCAAGGAGGCCACUCAUUGGCUGUGCCCAGUGUCACUAUGGAAACCGCCAUGAUUAUGCACAACAUCCAAAGAAUCAUUCAGGAAAAUGAAUCUUUAAAGAAGGACGUGUACGAGAAGAGCUCACGUAUAGAGGAGCAGAACCGCAAGAUCGGGGAGCUCAUCAACCAGAACCAGAGGUACAUGGAGCAGAGUAACCUGCUGAUGGAGCAGAGGAAUGACUCCCUAAAGUCCUCAAGUGAACACAACCAGGCCCGGACGCUGCAGGCUGAGCAGGACAAGGUACGUCUGACAGAGGAGCUGGCCACGUGCACAUCACGGGUGUCCCAGCUGCAGCAGGAGGCCACGUCUCACCAGCAGAGGGCUGCAGAGCUGCAGAACAAACUGACCUCUGCCCUGCAGGAUGGCGACACACACUGCACACGCAUCUCCUCCUUAGAGACCCAACUGGAAGAGCUGAAGGAGACUGCAGAGAGAGGCCAGGCUCAGUACCGCACAGAGAAGCAGAAACGCAAAGGGAUGGCUCUCCGGGUGAACAACAUGGAGGAGGAGCUGCAGGACCUGAAGGCUGACAAAGACAGUAUGGAACGAAUGGUGUCGGACAGGAAGAGGAAGUGGCAGGCAGAGAGGCAACGGUGUGAUGAGGAGAUGGAGGAGCUGAGGAGGAGCAGCCAGCAGGACAUGGAAAGUCUGAGGACACAGCUCCGCAAGGCCAGGACCAGCACUGGCCAGGCAGCCUCAGAACAGCUAGCCCAACUGCAAGCAGAGCUGGAGGAGGAGUGGAAGGGGAAGUGUGAGCGGGCGUUGGCCUCGGCCAAUGAGCAGCAGGGGCGUGAGAUGGCCGAACUGGCAGAGCAAAGAGACAUACUGGAGCAGAGACUGACCCAGCUACAGGAAAAGUUUUCAGCUCUGAAGCAGUCCAGGGACUCAGAGGAGCAGUGCUUGUUGCAGCAGCAGGGACAGGACGAAGAGCAGCAGGUCCUACAAGAAAAGUAUUCAGGCCUGGAGGAGCAGUGGUCAGCUGUGAGACAGAAGCUGGAGGGGCGAGUGGCUGAGCUGGAAAGGAGGCUGGCAGAGCAAGGGGGCCAAGCGGACAGUGCAGGACAGGACACUUCAGGGGAGGUGAAGCGUGUAAUGAAUGGAGUGUUUCACUCUCUGAGGGGGGAGUUUGACCUACACGAGACUUACACAGGCAGCACUGUGCUCGGCGUAAUCGUCAACACCAUAAAGAGUGUUACCUUGCAACUGCUCAAUGGUACCGAGAGACGUUCAUCCCAUCUGAGGGAAGAAGAGGAGGUGGACAGUGAUGUGAGGCAUAGAGAGGAGAGACCAGCUCAGGAUGCUCAUGUGAAUGGGAAGGAAGAAGAGGAGGAGCAGAGGACUGAGCCUGAGCACCUUAGUGAGUCCUCUGUGCAGAGGGAGGGAGACCCCAGAGAUGUGCAGGAGAGGGCUCAGCUUGAGGCAGUACCAGAGACGAAGAAACUGACUCGAGUGGAGCCAGAGGCAGACAUCGACACGGAUCCAGAGCACCAACCACCAUCUCCCCAACCACAACCACCAUCUCCCCAACCACAGGGAGAGCUCACCACAGAGCCUUCUGAACCCACUGGCAUAAACCUUGAGGAGAAUCUGCCCUCUGAGAGAGGACAGAAAACUCAGUCCGAAGGUGGCAUAAGUAGCCCGGAGGUGAAGAAAGUGAGUGGGACUAUUGAGUGUCCCCUGGGUGAACUGAAAAGAACUAGCUCCAAAGCCACAGGUCCUCAAACCCAGCUUCCACCUCCACCAAGCCCCCUGUAUGAUAGUCCUGGGAAAGUAACAAGUCUGACUGAGGGAGUAGGAGAGGAAAAUGGGAAGGAUACAUUUUUCCUGAGCACAGCCCCAACCAAACCCCCACCCACUGAGGAGGAGGAGGAUGAUGAGCUGAGCUUGAAGGGGCAACCUCCACCAGCCCCUCUGUUUGGCGACGAAGAGGAUGAAGAUGAUGAUCUUGACUGGCUGGGAUGAGCAACAACUGGAGGGAUGGAAGUCUUAUGAGUCUUAAAGUCCAGAUGGAGGGACAGGCCCUCUAGAGAUAUCAUUUCCACUGUCCUAAAAGGGACUACAUGGAAGGGACGUGGUGAACUCCGUCUCUGUACAUGGAAGGGACGUGGUGAACUCCGUCUCUGUCUCAGAUAAGGCAACUCAAGUGAGUGAGACGGAUGUGCUGUCUGACUGCUCUGAACACUGUGGUUAGAGACCUGUGCAGUGUUGAUCUUUUGGUCGGACCUGACUGCUGCUGCCUGGAAACCACCUUUAAUCAAUUAAGUAUUGAUUAAAGGUGGUUUCCACCAGACCCCCCCCCCCCCCCCCCCCAGUAAUCAAUCGAUCUGUUAGUCCUGUAAUUUGUUGACUUCAUUAGGCCUUAAAUUAACAUAAUUUUGGUGAUGAUUUAGCUUGUUUUCCCUGUCGUGUUUGAUUGUCUGUAAUUUUGUUUUCAAGGGUUUCAAGGCGGUCAUGUAUUAUGUGCUAAAUGAUAAGAGGGCUUGCUUCUUCAAGAACUUCUAACUUUUACACAUUUUUGCUAACCAAUAUUCAUUCCAGAAAAUAAAAUGCAUAGAGUACAUGGACAUCUAUUGUUGUUUCCUUUCCAACUUGACCUUUUCUUGUAUUUCGUUAAGAUAUUGCACUAGUGUGAUUUCUGGAACAUUUUGGUGAUGACAUCCAGAAUCAAACCAAUAACUUGCUAAAUUGAAUACUGAUACUUGCAAUUCAAAAAAUUUAAAAACACAUUGACAAAAAAACUGGAUCAGAAUUUGGUGUUGAUAGACAUUUUACAUAACACCAUAUCAUCAAGAAGUAUGCCCAAGAUGAGUAAUGUCAUGAGUAUGGAGAGCCUUGCAUGGCAACCUCCGAGACAGGAUGGGGGUGGGUGUAAAAACAACUUUGACCAGCAGCUGGAGAAUAACUAGUCUCUCGCCGUUGCUUGGUAACGCAAGUUCUGAAAGGUAGCUAUUGGGUAGCUAGCGUUCUGGCUAACAAAGUUGUUUAGCUAGCUCUUACAUAGAUUUUUCUUGAAUUUUUUUCUUUUUUUUGAAUUUGUUUCCUUCCAAUGAACGAGAAGAAUGGGGAUUCGCCAAAAAAGUAGUCUCUAAUCUACAUAAUAGCACACUACUUAGAUUGAACCAAUGUAUUGGGAAUGCUAACGUGUUAUGCUAGCAUGGACACUGGAAAUAGCUAGUGUGUGGCACAUGUACAGGACUAAAUGAUUGCACUCAUUAAUUCUCUCAAGUGUAGUCUAUGGUCAGCCUUGAUACAUUAACCACCCUUAGUGUGGCUAAUGUAUCAGAGUGGAAUGAAGGCCGAAAGAUCCCUAAAGUGAAGUUGCUCUAAAAGACGAAUUUUGCCACAGAUGCUUUUCAAACUCUUCCCUCCAGCCAGUCACAAGUCCACCAGAGGGAGCACAACAAAAGGUUGGAGAGGUGAGCCAGAACAGAGUUAUAGCCUAAUACAAUUCAAUAUAGUAAGUAUAUUGCCAUUGGCCAUCCAGUAUACUGCAACAGAAAACACCCCCAAAAAUUGAGUCCUACAUUUUAGUUGAAUAUGUUUAAGAGUUUGACCAAUAGAUUUGCAUAAGGGUUUACAUUGCAGCAAUUACAACUCUCAUUCUUUGCAGUGCAGAUCUCCACUUUCCAGGGUUCAACUCUGUUGACCAUAAUCCUAGUGACAAGCAACACAAGGGAGUCAAGGUUGGUCAGUUACACUAGCAGAUAGUAAGCCUAAUGUCAGAUGCAAGACUUGUUGAUUUUGUCUUACACCCUUUGAAAACCAAAGUUGUAUUUUUUUUGUAGACUAUUCUUUUCGAUGGUGAGUAAUGUUGAUUGUAGUAGAGCUGAUGCUGUGUAAUGUCUGUUGUGGCUGUUAUUGCAGCUCAGCCCAGAUCAAUCUUUUGGCCAGCUGCUCCAGUGCAUCAUGGGACUCUGGCUCCCUAUUGAUGUGGAUCCCCAAUCCCCAACACAUCCUUCAGAGCCACGCCCAAAAUAGGCAUUAAACUUGGCAGAUAUGCAGAUUUGUGUCAACUUGCCUUUUUGUACACAUGCCUAAACUGUCAAGGAGCUCAUUUGCCUUCUGUCCUGAAAAACCUCCAAAGUGAACAGAAAGAAGUCCAAGAAUGUGUGGAAGAGGGUGCUGUUCCAGCUGACACCAUUGACGUCACAGCUGAGAAGUGAGCAUGGGUUGGGCUCCCUAGUGGCACAGCAAGCUGUCCACCCAAAAGACCUUGUCCUGGCCAAGCCUCACACUGACCCCCAGAGGGUGGAGGAGGAUGCUGGUAGGCCCCAGGCCCAGAACCAGGAGCUCCUGUCAUUGUAGGCUAGCCCAGAGGCCCAGACCCAGGCCCAAACAUGCCCCCCCCCCCCCCAGCACCCAGGGUCCCCAGUGCUUACCUCCUCAGGAACAAGCCUCUGGUGUUCCACAGUGUUAGGGAGAGGGUGCUGAGGUGACACACCCAGCAGGAUCGCUCAACAUACAAACUGGACAGCAAGGUCACUCAUACUGUCAUAGUACUGCCCCAUGGCAUUCUUUUGUAUCUCGAAGUAUGGCUGACCUAUGAUCUGACUGGUCAUUAAAAGGGGUAUCUCCAUUGCUCUCUGAGUGCAAUGGAAUGCGUAGAGUACAUGUAACUAACAGGCGUGAAACCUGCUGCUGCCUCUCAGUUCUUAUUCAUCAGGCUUGUUGAGAGAUGGGAAAAACCCUGAUUUGGCUCCACAUGUCUAGCAAUGAGGGAGAGUCACGGGAGAGUGAAACUGGGCAUUGGUUCUGAAGAUGCGGGCCCUGAUAGCUCCUAUUACAGUGAGCUUUUCUGCCUAGUUUUAUAACUGUUUAUUUUCUGUUUUCCAACAUCUCAUGUAGAGAGUGGUCAGUGGUCACGUACUUCCUUGAUUAUCCAUGCUUUAGGAAGAAUGUAAGAUUUUUUUUUGUUACAGCUGUUCAUAAACAAAUGAAUUACAGAAUGUCAACUUAACUGAAUGUUUUCAAAAUAUACUGUCUAGGAUGUAUGCUUCUUGUGGACAACACUUGUCUAUCGUAAUGUCCUGUUGGUGUGUGUAACGAGGAGAGGAACUGCUAUGUCAUAGGAUUUAGUUUAGUCAAUGAAAAUAAACAAAUGUUUGUAGUGUUCCACUUGAA